UGACAUUUUGAUCUCGAUCGUCACCACUACCACCACCGCCACCACCAUAUAUAGUGCGUCUCUCCGUCGUCGGCUGUUCGUCGCGGGCUCUUGUUGAUAUAUUUUAUACGUUAUUACAAUUUUUUUUUUUGUUUUGUUUUUCGACUUCAGCCGGUUUUUGAUUUUCGGUUUUUAUAAAUUUUUUUUUUUUUAUAACUCGUUUCGCUGUGAUAUUUCGUUUAACCGCGUUCUGCCGCAACGCACGCGAAGAGAUCACCAUGCAAAACUUCGCGGAACACUCGUCCAACGCCAUCACCAAACCGACAAACAGUCGGAUCCUCUACGACAUACCGUGCAAAGUGUGCAAGGACUUUUCGUCCGGCAAACACUAUGGCAUAUACGCAUGCGACGGAUGUGCGGGGUUUUUCAAAAGAUCUAUUCGGCGUAACAGACAAUACAUUUGCAAAUCAAAAUCGGAAGGCGCAUGUCCGGUCGACAAAACGCACCGGAAUCAGUGUCGAGCUUGCAGGCUUCGAAAAUGUAUGCUUUCGGGCAUGAACAAAGACGCUGUUCAACACGAGCGCGGUCCUAGAACGUCAACAGUUCGUCGACAACUCCAAGGACUCUGUUACUCUAAAGAUCGAUCGGCGAGCAACUCGCCGCCGUUGGAUUUAACGCCCAAGAGGUCCCCCGAAUGUUCGACCACUUGUUCGACGCCGCCCGGCAGAUACAUUCCCGAUUCGCAUUUAUAUUUGUCGGCUUUCCGACCACAGAUGUCAAUGAUGCCGAGAUUCUUAAACACUAUGAGACUCACGCAAGCGGUUUACGAGACGGCCGCUUCGAUUUUGGUCACAGUUUCUACGAUCAAAAGUUUUCCCGCUCUGAUGACUCUGCCUUUUGUCGACCAGUUUGAAUUGCUGCGGGAGAGCUGGCACGAACUGUUCAUACUGACGGCCGCUCAAUUUUUUUCGGACACCGAUAUCUCUCUGCUGCACGAAGAACACCGGUCCAACUUCGGAUCGUCGCUGGACAUCGACGAACAAAUCGCCGUGUUCAAGGAUACGCUGGCCGCGGUAAAACACCGGCAAAUCGAUCCGAUCGAACAGUAUUUGUUGAACGAAAUCGUACUGCUCAAAUCAGCAUCGGUCAAGGGCCGCGGCUGCAGCAGUUCCGAAAACACGGAGACCAUUUUGGACGGGCUGUCCGUGAAGAGCAAGGAGGCGCUCAGACGGCACGUGCACCACGUGCACAUGGCCCGGCCGGACGCGCGAUACGACGAGCUGAUCGACAUAUUACCCGGUAUCCGGUCCGUGCCCAAGACCACGGUUGUCGAGCUGUUCUUCCGCCGCACCAUCGGCCAGACGCCCAUCGAACCGUUCGUGUGCGGCACGUACACCAACUAUCUGCAGACUGCUCCGCACUUGCAGACCAUCAUCAGCAAGGCCAAGAUAUGCCAUUGCUUGCAGUGAUGACGGACGUGAUGACGUCCAAUGUAUAUCAUACAAUGGGGCUUGUGGUAAUUACCGGCGUCCGGUAUUUACGGUAUUUUAGAGUACCGGUACUCCACGCGAAUCGGUAAUUAUUACCGGAUACCACCAAUAUCAAAAUUCGAAAUACCGCCAGUCCUAUAAUCUAUAAUAUACGACGCAUAGGCAGUGUAAUAUUUACCCGUACGCGUUGUAUGCUAGUUAAACAAUGUAAUGUAUAUAUAUAUAUAAUAUAUAUGGGUACGUUGGUAAUAAUUGUUAUCGAAGAGAUAACAAUUCAUAAUAUUAUUAUUGUGCUAUAGACGACCACCCCCCCCCCCUCCCCCAUAUAUAGUGAUAUUGUACAUAAAUAGUAUACAUUAAUUAUUGUAAUAAUAUAUAUUUUCCAUAAUUUUUAAACGCAAAUCAUUGAUUGUUUCUAUAUGCAUACAAUUAUUAUUAUCAUCACUAUUGUACACGGGGCUCAUCGGCGCUCAUGCAGGGUUUGAAAAAUUAAACAAAUUAUAUUAUAUACUCAUUAUUAUGUUUGUAUUAUAUCAUUAGAACUAUUAGAAUAAAAUAAUAUAUAAUUAUUGUUUUGAGCACAUUUUACGAGUAACAUCGUCAAAUACUAUACUAUUAUUAUUAUUAUUAUUUUAAAUUUUUAGGCUUUAUCUUAUAUUAUUGUACAUAAUAUACAUGAUAUUAUUGUAAACUGUGAUUGAAUUAUUAUUUUUCUUGAAUAAAAUUUAUACAUAU